GACUCAUAUAGAGUUAUCUCCCAUUAGUUCAUCAAAUGGCACAUCGGAUAUGGCAGACAACAAACGAAAAACAGAGCAGACACAACACGAACAGAACUUUGGAUAUGAAGAAACACUGAUAUAUGGCCAGUACAAAAGAGACCUUGGAAGUUUUGCCAAAUUUCAAGCCAAGAAAUUUAAAGAUCAGAAAGAUUUAGGAAAAACUGAAAUAGUAAAAUCAAAAUCACGACUCGGCUUAUAUAUUAUAUUAGAUAAUGUAGUAAGAGUAAGAGAUGUUGUUUUUAAAUCCAUUGGAGAAGACUGGGUCUUCUUGGCACUCCUGGGAGUACUUAUGGCCUUACUUAGUUUUGCCAUGGAUUAUAUCAUAGAAAAAUGUCAAAGUGCUAAGAUGUGGCUGUAUACAGAGUUGGCAUUCUCUCUACCUCUACAGUAUUUUGCCUGGAUAUCAUACACAAUAUUAUUUAUAUUAUUUGCUACUGGAUUCACACAUUUAGUGUCCCCUCAAGCUGUGGGAUCUGGUAUACCAGAAAUGAAGACUAUUUUACGUGGAGUUGUUCUUAAAGAAUUUUUAACAUUUAAAACACUUAUUGCCAAAGUUGUAGGACUUUGUGCUUCAUUAGGAAGUACUUUAACUUUAGGGAAAGAGGGUCCAUUUGUACAUAUAGCCAGUAUUGUAGCUACCUUGUUGGGGAAACUUUCAUCAUUUAAAGGGGUUUAUCAGAAUGAAUCCAGAAGAACAGAAAUGUUAGCUGCUGCCUGUGCUGUUGGGGUUGCAGGCACUUUCGCUGCUCCUAUUGGAGGAGUAUUAUUUAGUAUAGAAGUCACAGCAACCUACUUUGCAGUGAGGAAUUAUUGGAGGGGAUUUUUUGCAGCAGUAUGUGGGGCCAUUACAUUCAGAUUGCUGGCAAUCUGGUUUCAACAUGAAGAAACUAUCACAGCUUUAUUUAAGACCAAUUUAAGAACAGAGUACCCAUUUGAUGCCUUAGAACUGGUGGCAUACAGUUUUAUAGGAGUGAUAUGUGGGUUUGCAGGUGCCUUAUUUAUAUUGUUACAUAGAAAAAUUAUUUUGUUUACAAGAAAAAGAAGAAGACUUACUAAUUUUUUACAGAAAAAUCGUUUCAUUUACCCAGGAAUGGUUGCCUUUGUUAUAUCAUCUUUAACAUUCCCUCCAGGUUUUGGCCAGUUCUUUGCUGGCAUGUUGACCAAUAAACAAGCAAUCAACGAAUUAUUUAGUAAUAUAACUUGGACAAUAGGUCAAGCAGAUGACCUUGAAGAUGAGAAGAUCUUAAGUCAUUGGAUACAUCCUGAUACUAAUGUCUAUGUUACUCUUGUUUUGUUUAUAAUCAUGCAUUUUUUGUUUGGUGCUAUAUGUAAUACUCUGCCUAUUCCUGCUGGUGUGUUUGUACCGGUGUUUAUGGUUGGAGCAGGUUUUGGUAGGUUAAUUGGAGAAGCCAUGGCAGCCUGGUUUCCUCUAGGGUUAGCUGCUGCUGGACUGGUACAUAAAAUUGUACCAGGAGGUUAUGCAAUAACAGGAGCAGCUUCUUUGGCAGGCAGUGUUACUAGAACCAUAUCUACAUCUGUGAUAGUAUUUGAACUGACAGGACAAAUCAGUCAUGUUCUACCUGUUGUUGUUUCUGUAUUAAUAGCCAAUGCUGUGUCAAACAAAUUACAGCCAUCAUUUUUUGAUAGUAUCAUACGUUUGAAGAAGCUACCAUAUCUCCCUGAUAUUGUAUCAGCUAAAGGGAAAUUUUGCACAAGAACAAGAGGCCUCCUGAAGAAAAGUGCCUGGAACAUAUUUAUUGAAGAUAUCAUGGUUAAAGAUGUUAAAUAUAUAACACUUAUAUCAACAUACAAAGAUUUGCAAGACCUUCUGUCAGACACUGUACAUAAAACUUAUCCUUUUGUAGAUUCUCCAGAUUCCAUGAUACUGUUAGGAUCUGUACAACGAUAUGAACUUGAAAGAAUUAUUUAUGUACAAUUAAGUUACGAUCAGAAAAUAGUGCCCCAGGGUUCUCUUGAUGAUCUGUCAGAUGACGAGUUAUCGGAAACUUCAGCGCCAAAUUCCAGAUCAGCAUCACGUCCGACCACACCUCCGCCAUUCAUUGAUUCUCAGUUUAGGGCGCUGACUCCAAAGUCACGAUUCCAUGUAUCAAAAGUUGACGACAUUCCAUUACACCCAGUACAUGGUCGUAAACUGUCUUUAUCAAGUGCAGAUGACCACCUUAUAAUCCCCCAAAUCAUUAUCCAGGACGAGGAGGAGGAUGAGGAUUCAGAGCACAGUGAAGAUAAUUUAACAGCUGAAGAGAGGGAUAUACGGCAAUAUCAUACAAUACAAGUACCGUUAAGGGGUAUAUUGAAGAAGUCAACAUCGGCUUCCAGACUUCCUAUCAAAUCUGGGAGUGCUACAGAUCUAAAAGCUGAGAUAAAUGCUUACUACAGAAAGUUAGCCGGAACAAGGAAAGAGAGCAUUGUAGAAGAUGUUCCAUUCUUUAUAAAUAAAUCCAGUUUUUCAAAUUUACCAGGUUUAGAAAAGAGAAGAAAAAAGAAAGUGAAGCUGCCUCCAGAGCCAGUUAAAAUUAGUAAUUUACCAGAAGAUAAGCAAAAAGAAUGGGAAGAGGAAAAGUUACUGGAGACAAUAGAAUGGGAGGGUUGUCAGAUAGAUCCAGCUCCAUUCCAGCUAGUAGAAAGAACAUCUUUACACAAGGUCCAUUCUUUAUUUUCAUUGCUGGGUUUAAGUCGUGCCUAUGUUACAAAUACAGGGAAAUUAUGUGGUGUAUGUGGUUUACAAGAGCUUCGGAAUGCCAUUCAAGGCAGGAUUGAUGCUGAAGAAGCUAUUAAAAAGAGAGAGGAAGAAUCUGAAGAUAAAGAAUUUGACCCUCAGGAAUUAGAGGUUGAAGUUGCACCUCAUCCCAGUGACUUUAUGUUAAGUCAUUCAAACGAUGCAGACUUUGAAUAUCCAGUUGUACAGAUCUCGCCUCCAGACGAAGACAGCAAUGUGUGACAAGAUAUGUACAGAUCUCAGCUCCAGAUGAAGACAGCAAUGUGUGACAAGAUAUAGUUACUAAGCAAGGACAUAAGUUAUGAAAUUCAACUUUUUAGGAGUAUUGCAAUCACAGAAAAGUAACAAGAUUAUUUGGUAGUGUAACUUUAUAUUAACAAUUCUCUAUACAUGUAGUUUGCUUGUUUUAGGUGAAACAUGAAUUUUUUACUGUUGUAAAUAUAGGUACUUGACUGGUCAAAAAAAGGAUUUUCAGUUAUCCUUUUUUAUCAUGAUUUGAAUGGCUAAUAAUUACAACUGUUACUGGUUACUCUUUCAAUAGUUUGUAAUUUUUUUCAUGGCUUAUUGUAUAAGUUCAAUACACUGUAGAUAUGUUGUAGAUGUAAAGUAUAAGAACAGGUAGUGCUUUUUGUACAAGUUCAAUACACUGUUUUUGUACAAGUUCAAUACACUGUCGAUAUGUUGUAGAUGUAAAAUAUAAGAACAGGUAGUAGGUAAGUAAUCAGGACCAAGAAUUUUAUCAUAUAACAUUUCAAAUUUACUUUUUCAACACAAAAUGGAUAUGGAAAUGGAGAGGUAUUUCUCAAAACACCGUGAACACUCAACAGAGUUUGAUAUGAAUAUGCGAUAAUUUAAUUGGCCUAUCCUGCAUUGUGUUACAGAAUUGAGUCAUUCCCUUCAGCUAUAUGUUAGGUCAAUGAAUACUUUUCCCCUGUGGCACCAGUAAUUUGAAUUAAUAAUUACAACUGUUACUGAGUACUCUUUCAAUAGUUUGUAAUCUUUUCUUCAUUGCUUUUUGUACAAGUUCAAUACACUGUUUUUGACAUUCCAAAGAUUUUAUAGAAGUAACAACAUUAUGUCAUAUUACGAAUUUCCUAUCAGUAGAUUAACUACUGUGGAUUCAUUUAUUUUUUCGUGGGUACCAAUUUUUGUGGAUUGAGGAAAUUUGUAUUUUUGUGGAUACUUCAUUUGGAUAUCGUCCAUUGUCCUUAGAGACUUUACCUGUGAACAUAACAUACAAGAGCAUCUGGAUGGGGUUUACAAAAUAGAGAUUGAUGGGCAAAAAAUGCAGAAUAAAGGGCUAAAAAAUAAACUACCGAAAAAUAGGCCCAAAAAAUAAAUAACAGAGAAUAAUGGGUGUUUAGAUACAAAGAAUAAAGAAUAAUUGGCAAAAUAGGUAAUAGAGAAAAAUGGUCUAAAAGAUUAAAAAAUAAAGAAAUGAAGGACCCCUCAUCCAGACCCUCAUAUAAGUGUUAUUAAUUUUAUUUGACCUGUAACUAAACAUAUUAACCCAUGUAAUAGAUAACUGUUUGAUUAAGCUUUAAACACAAAACUUUUAAGUUUUACUUCCAAUUAGUUGAGCAAUAUAAUAAUUUUCUUAGUCUAGCUUUUAUAAACAGGGAAAGGCCUUUUACAAUAAAGUAGUUUUAAAUCAAAUUAAAAGGUAAUCUAUGAAAUGAAAUUUACUUGUCAUAAUAUUAUGUAACUAUUUAUAUGAUGAAGUAUCUGUCUUUAACUUUUCAGUACAUGCUUUUCUUAGGUCAGAGCACGAAGGGGGAACCUGUAUUUUAACAUUCACAUGAUGAUUAAAAGCUCUGAGAUAAAGUGGAGUUGAAAAAUUGAUGCUUUAUCCAUGACUGGAAAAGAUAAAGCUUUCAUAUCCUAAUCUGUAUUCAUCCAAUUAUCUUGGUAUAUAUGAAAGGAAAAACUCAAGAAACCUGGAAUGAAACAUUAGACUGAUGUCUAAAUGCUAUGCAAUAUAAAUGUGAUAUAUGUUGUAAUUUUAUGACAUUUUUAUGUUUUUGUGUCUGUUUAUGAAUAUUUAUGUAAAUAUUGUCUAUUUCUUUGUUUUAUUUGGAAUGUAAAUAUGUACAUAUGAAAAAUGGCAAUAAAGUCAUUAUACUUAUACAUUUCUAAAGUGCUAAGUCAUCUUAUGAUCUUCAAAAGGUCAAGUGCCACUUUUCUUUAUUUUUUAUCUAUAUAUUAUAUGCUUUUUCUUUUAGUUAAGAUAUAUAAGUGUAAGGGACCAUCUCAUAAUACACAUUUUUCACAUGAACUUAUAUCUGCUAUUUUGUUUGGAGGUAAAGCAAAUAAUUAUAAUAUUAAAAAUUUCUUAUGUUUGGCUAGCAUGUAUUUUUCACACUUUUAAUUGAAUGAAGUGAUUCUGUGGAAGCUAAUACAUUAAACCUCGACAAAAUAUCGGGGGGCAUAUUGAUUUACCCCUGUCCGUUUGUCCGUCAGUCUGUCCGGAUUAGGAUACAUUGUUUGUCCGGCUAUCUCCUCCUACAGUUUUGAAGGUACAAAUUUAAUAUUUUGUAGGAUGUUCAUACACAUAAUGGAGGUGUGCAUGGCCACAGGAUUUUGAUUUCUUUUAAAUAUUCUGAAAAUGACAGGUAGUUGGACUUAGUCAGUUUUUGGGUACUAGCUGCAUAAAGAGAUCAUGGUUUGUCUGGCUAUCUCCUCCUACAGUUACAUCAUCACACAUAGUGUUAAAUUUAUAAUUUCCUAUGGUCAGGCGGGGGCAUCACUUGUGUCUUACAAAAAGCGUAACAAUUUUAAGUUCUAUGCCAACAUCACUGUUUGUCAAAUCUAAAAUAUAUGGAACUAUACUCAUGCAUAUGGCAGAGCAGAAAAGGGGGGGGGGGGGGGGGAGCAUUGUCCAUAUCUAGUUUUAAAUUUUGAAAUGGUCCCUAAGCUUGUAUUUCUUUUCAUGGUUUAUUUGAUAUAUGUAUUAUUAUAAGUUUCUCAUCAGUUGUAUGUUAUUUGUCAGUCAUAUGUUAUGUUGAAUUAUAUCAUUACAUUUUCCCACUUAUACUAUAACUGUACUCUACAAAAUCUCAUAUUAAGUUUUCACCUGUAACAAGUGGGCUUUUGUGAAAUAGGUAUCUCUAAAAAGCCAUUUAUUGUUUACGUAUAUUUUUGAAGUCAUGGAUGUUGAAAAAUAAUACUGCAAGCCAACUUAUUUUCGCUGAGACUUUCUAUCACGUUUGUCAGCCACUUUGUCAGAGAUCUAUAUUCUUGAACUUUGAACUUCAUUUACGCAUUCCUAAUAAGAAGAUUUAAGGUUGACAUAUUUAUCUUACUCUUCUACCUCUGAAAGUUGUGAAAAUAAAUCACUUGUGAAUAUAUGAUGGUUUACAGUACUUUUUAUUCAUUUCCUUCUAAAUAGAAACCUCCCUUCACUUCCAGCGUCUAUAUUACACCAUUUUCCUCUAUACAAUAAUAUUAACAAAUUUUUCAGAGGAAAUAAAACAUUUGUCAGCUACUCAAUAACUAGUUACGUUAUUGGUAUUCACAGGGUACCUGUUUUUCAGCAAACUGAAAACAAAUUACAGAUGAUAUUAUAAAGGGAGAUGACACACUUUUGAGAUGUGGGAAAUUGCACAAAAAGUGGGAUUUGGGAAAUGAGCACCUUCAUUUCACCCCCUCAUUAUACAUGCAUAUUAGCUAAUCAUAAUGAUCAACAAGCAAUGUAAAUUAUAUAUGCACUAUGAUCAUUUUCAUCCAUAAAAGUUUGCAUCUACAGUAUUUUACAAUUAAAUUUAGCAAUAUACCUUCAUGCUCAACAUAAAUAUACAUAUUAUUAUAAAUAACUAUUUUUGUAUGCACAUGUAUGUGGAUUUUCAUCUUUAUCAUAAUGAAGGUAAGGGCUAUUCCAUUUAAAAUAGGUGUAGGAGAGUAGGAAGAGAUUAAGAAAAAUAACCUCACAACCAACAUACCUACUUUGUGUAAUUUUGCAUACAUGGAAUGGACAAACAAUCAUAAAUGAUCCAUGUUCAAAAAUGAAACUACCUUUUCUACCCUCCAAAAUUUAUUUCAAUUGAAUACCUUUUUAAAGUCAAAUUAAUUCACUGCCACUUUAUAAUCAAUUGUUUAUUAGACCUAUCUGUUUCAUUUCAAAAGCAAAAAAUUUCUGAAAGAUAGUUAUUGAAAUAGACAAUGCUGAAUAUUCCAUAUUAUUAGGAAAAAAAAACAAUUCAAGUCAUCUUUUAUGCUAGACUUUUUUCCAUUACACUGGCACAUUAUUUUGGUCAUUAAAAAUGACAUCCGGAAUAAUUAUUUAAUCAGGAUUAAAAAAAACUUGCAUUCCUGUAUAUAUUUUAUAAAUAUGAAUUGAAUGUGUUAUGCCUUCUAUGAUCUGUUUUAUUGUGAUAUUGUACUGUAUAUUUGUAUCAUUCUCCCACUCUAGGAGUGGGGCUAUAUUACAUUCACCAUGUCUUUACGUCUGUCCUUCCAUUCAUCCAACAAAUAACUUUGUCAUACUUUUCUCACGUACUACUGAACAGAAUGACUUAAUAUUUGGUAAGCAGUUUAACAGUGAUUAAUUGUAACAUGUAUGUGUUUUUCAGAACUGUCAGACACCUUCUUCUUGUUUAUGAUACUUCAAAACACUUUUCUCCAGUAAUACUUAAAAGAAUGACUUCAUAUUUCAUCAGCAUCUUUACAGUAAUUAUUUGUAAUAAGACAUCUACAUCUUGUUUAUUCAUCCUUUGAAUUGCAAGUGGGAGUAUGCUUAGCACGACAACGAUUCUUGUUUUGUGAUAAUGAUAUACAGUGUAACCUACCUAAUCCCAAACCUGGGAAUUCCAACAUCCUGCUUUAACCGACACAUUUUUCUGGUCCCAAAAUAUGCCUAUCCUUGCAGAAAAAACUGAAUAUUCCAACAUCCUGCUUAAUCCAACAUUUUUUUCUGGUCCCCCAGUGUGUUGGAUAACACAGGUUACACUGUAAUGUUAUAUUUGUCUUUCAUUAAUGUUUUAAUGUCUACUUGUAUAUAAUAUUGAUAUAAUAAACAGAUAUGACCAUUAUUGUGUAGAAUAAGAUGGAUGGGAAGUAAAUACAAAUGUAUACAGAAAGAUAUUAAUUUAAACACAUAGAUGUUUGAAAAAAUAUGUAAAUUAUUUAGUUGUUUCAUAGAUCUACAAAAAUUGUAUUAUCUUAUUCUUGUUUUAAUAUUUGAAGCAAAAUAAACCUGUAGAAAUGUAUCAAUCAACAAAAUUUGAAUCUGGAUUUUUACCCUUGGUCGCCAUGUUGGUGGUGAAACUGGUUGAUUAUCAUUUUAGACUAACAAAUUAAACAUGAUGUUUAAUCAAGUUUGAUAAAAGAUCCGUACUAGAUCAUAGUGAUUAUAUAAAAGGCUAAAACAAAUACAAAUAUUUCAGAAAACCUUUUUUUAAAGUAUAGCAGUCAGUGUAAUAUGUUGAAUUUGGUUGAACUAUGACAGAAUUUGUGAAAGUAGAGACCUAAAAUAUGGUGGCAAAGGGAAAUAACUCAACUCAAAUUCAUUAAUUUAAAACUAUCUAUUUGUUUAGAUAGACAAAGAGUUGCAUUGUGUUAUGAUUAAUUCAGACAUUAUUUAUGCAACAUAUUCAUUUGAUAGUAUUCAAAACAUAUUUAUGUUACUAGUAUUUAAUAAAUAAAUUGAAAAAAGAAUUUUUCCUUUGGUGAUGAUCGAGUUUCAAGCUGCAAGACAUUUUUAAGAGAAGACAUUUUGCAGAAUAUCAAGUUUUAAGAAAUACCAAAAUAUUUUCUGAAAUACAAUUUAUGAAUAAAUUAAUCACUCACACUAGACUGGAAGUGAAGGAUCUAAAUUUUCUGCAAUAUUAGGUUCUUUAGUGGAGGCAAAAGUUUUAGUAGGUUAUUAUCCAAUUCCAGUCUAGCAGAGAGACAUUUCUUGUCCUUAAAACAAAACCUAGUAAUCUCCCUUUUCUUAGCAUUAUUAGGGGAGAUAAUUUGUAAUUGUUAUGUUAUGAGAAAAUAGAAGAAAUUUUUACAUAUGAAUGGCAUUAUAAUUGUUGAAUGAAUUGUGAACAAAUUUAUGACAUUUUAUAAAUAUAUUAUUUAUUGAUUUUAUCAAUAAACUCUUCCACAUACUAAA